UUUUUUUUUCUUCUGAAAAGCAGAGGUCGGUCCCUACGCUUUUACCACUCAGUGGACUAAAACCCUGCAUUUUGUAAAUGAGAGAAAGUGGUAGGACAUUCCCUUCCUCUCCUUUGCUUGCCUCAAACAGCAAUUACGACUAGGGUUUUGUUUUGUUUAUUAAUUCAUCUGUGUGUUGUGGGUUUCAAUUGCAAGUCCAAGCAGCGACCUAUUGGCGUUGCUGAGAGGGGUAGGGUUUCAACUUCAACCCUAGAUUUUGCUUCAAAUCUAGGCUUUACGUGGAGGGUUUUGUUUAUUUAUUAAUUCAUAAUUUCUGUGGUGUGGGUUUCAACGAUUUUGAUCCAACAACAACAACGAUUUUCUACUGGUUUGAAGCUAUUCUGAUUUUUAUGAUGACGAUGUUAAAGAGACUUAUUCACUACGUUUCGAUGAUAACGAAACAUUCUUGGAGUAUGCACAGCUUGACUUGCCAUUGAAGAGCUAUUGCAACCAUUAUUUUCGGAUAAUUGGUAGCUGCAAUGGCCUCAUUUGCCUCUCAGACGAUCAGUUCAUGUAUAUCAAUGAUCUCUUUCUUUGGAAUCCUACCAUUCGAAAGGUUUUGCCCCUUCCACGCGUUCGUGUCACCUUCGAUUCGCACGGUCCAUUCAGUGCCAACAUUGGCUUUGGGUUCGAUUCAAGCAAUGGUGAUUACAAGGUUGUCCGAAUUGUGCAUUUCGAUAAUUUUCACAAGCCACAGGAGAUUGACAUUUUCAGUCUCAGCACCGGCACUUGGCGCAACAUUAGUCAUGUGGCGCUUCCAGAUAUCAACAUCAAUGAGCGGGCUACCCAGGCUUUUCUCAAUGGGGCUGCACACUGGGUUGCUUCUAAAUUGCCUAGUUAUGGCGGCAGCUUCUUGAUCGUGUCCUUCCACAUGGCUCAUGAAAAAUUUAGUCAAAUUAUGCUGCCUCAUAACAUCAUGGCUCAUGCCAGUGGCUUAGCAUCAAUGCUGAUGUCAAGUGCUCUUUAUUUUCGUGUUGCUAAGUUUCAGGAAUCACUCGCUGUCAUCCACUUUAGUGGUCGAGAAGACAAUACUUGUUGCAUUUGGGUGAUGAAAGAGUAUGGCGUAAGGGAGUCUUGGACUAAGCAAUUCUAUUUUAAUAUGGCUGCUGGAAAAUUCAAUAACCUUGCUGGAUUCACAAGGAAAGGCGAACUUCUACUGGCAACUAGUGAUGGGUACUUGGUAGCUCAUGAUCCCGAAGCCGGAAGAACUACCCAUCUUUUAAUUCGUGGGACUACAGAUCAAUAUUAUAGGCACUCAUUUUAUGCAAAUGCUUACACGGAGAGCCUAGUUUUACUUGGAAAGAGAUUUUGUGAUACAGGCACUUCUGAGGAAUCAUCACCUGGAGCUGUUGAAGGGAGGUGUGCAGCUGAGGAAAUCAAGAACAGGUUUGUGACCGGGGUGGAAAAUGAAAAUGAGGAAACAAGUGAAGAUGGAGAACUGGAAGAAGAGUAGAGCUGUAGAAGUUGCAUAGUGAACUCUUCCCUUGCUUUUACUUGGUCUUACUUUGCUUACAAUAUAUAAAAAUAUAUCGAUGUAGUUAAAAACUUUCUUUGUGAAAGAUUUAAUUCACGCAUGAUACUUAUGAACUCUUGGAGCAUUUGGGCUUGAUAUGCCUUGUGGAUAUUAUGCUGAAAAUAUUUUGAAUUGUUCAUUAUUACUUAUCUUUUGAUGCCAUUAUAUAUUUCUAGAUUUUGUUUUGCGGUAUGAGCUACCUUAUGUUAUAUGAAUUAAGUUGUCAAGAGCAGCUUCUGUAGGUUGAGUUGCUGGGUUUUGAGCCAAGCAUUGAGAAGUCACUAGUUGGCGAUACUUUGUAUGAAAUCAUAGAUAGUUUUCCCUUUGGCUCGGAUAUGGCGCACCCAAGGUUGUGGUCAGCUUGUUUCACUUGGUAGCAAAUCUCGUGUUCAAACUUUGGUAAGGAAUAUCUUGCUCAUCAACAUGUUUGUAAGCUUAAUGGGUCAAGCAAGGUCUGUUCAAGUUUGGUUCACUCACUUAACGAGCUUUAAAAUGUUAACUAAAUUAUACUUGCACUUCGAUAACUAACAUGGGCACAACUCUCACGAACUUCAACCUGAGCUGUUCGUAAAUUGCUUGUUUCUUUUUCACCUCUAAGGUUAAAGGACCAGUUCCAUGUGCCAUUGCAUAAAUGGGAUUAGCACCUUUAAUUGGUGAAAAGACUAUCCUCUAGAUGGCUGACAUGGUAGUAAAUUAAUUAACUAGAAUGAUAUUUCAAGAGUUGUGCUAUUCACCCCUUAUUAUUGUGUUCUUCCUUCAAGAGCUGUGCUACGCUCUAGUUUUUACUUUACUGUUAUGCCCUAUUGGAAGGCAAAACUGUAUAAGAUCUUACCUUAUAUAGGAAGUUGCAUAAUAAAGCUGAUAAAUUUAGUCAACCAGAAAAGAAGCCCGCAGUUAUAGAUGGUCGAUCUAAGGUCACAUAAUCUUAAGUUGGUUCUCUUCUCUUGAUAAUUAUUUUAAAUUAAUGAAAAUAUUUUAUUCUUAGGGUGGGGCGUCAUGCUUAGUUGGUUUUCCUACUUAUCCAAGUAGUGACAUUUACAAAUCUGGUAGUGCAGGUCCUCUUUUCUUGUGGAUAUCCUCUGUUGGCUUGAUACAAAUUCAUGUUGCCUACACAAAUAAACAAAAAUUAGUUUCCAUGUCCAUGUGAAGCCCACCUCUAGAACUGAUCAUAGCCUUUGUGCUCUAUAUACUCUGAUUUGAGCUCAAAAAACGUGAUGCAUUUGAUGAGAACACUAAUUAAUCAGCUAAAUAUCAUUCAUGCUAGAUGCAAUACAAGUUUUCUUUUUCCUGCUUCCUUUUUUUUUUUUUUUUGGCCUCUUCUGUAUGUUAUAGACACAUUUUAUGUGUUGUGAUUUGAGUUACUAAUAUCUUUGAUAUGAUGUGUUUCUUGAUGGUAUUCUCAGGUACUAGACCUUGUUUGCUCCAUACACACUUUAAUUGAUAGUCAAACGCACAUUACUUCAAGAUUGAUGGUAGUAAUAAAUGUAUGUUGACUAUUUCUGAGUCAUAAUUUCUAGUUUAUAGGACAAGGUUCACACACUGCACCUCCCAAGGUUGCUAGCUUGCAAAGGCAUUCCACUAGUGUAGAUAACCCUGGGCAUCAAUUUCGUCUAUUGUUGAUUCAUGAAAUUCUAUAUAUUGUUUUCUCUUCUUUCUUGCUGUCUUUAGUGCUUUAUCGGAAGUCGUCGCACCGGAUCGUUACACAGACACAGCGCCAUAGUUUCCUGCUUCGCGCCAGCCCCUGUCUUGUGUUUGCUCGUGCUCAUCUCUCUCUACCUAACGCAGUGAGGGGUACGAACGGAACUCUAUUCUAUUCAAUUAUUCGUUCACUCAUGUGCAAGACGACCUUUCCAUUAUCGGUCAGAAAUCGCUCCAGACAAUCGUCAUAUUCACCUUCAAUCAACCAGUGACAAGAAAACAGCCAUUUAGGAUCUUUCAGAUCUGAUUGGAGGCGAGGAUGAGGAUCGGGAAUAGACUUUCCUUUUGUUGGGGGAGAGGAUCUACUCACUGAUCGGGUUCACGCUGGGACGCACUAAUGAGGAAAAUGCACCAAACCAAAAGGCGGAAGACUAAGUUUAAGUAAUGGGGUCGGCUUCGAAGCUGCAGUAAGUCGGGGUCCUUGUAGCUAUCACAUCCGAAGCGAGUGAUUCAAUCCAGCAGGGCCUUCACCUCUGCUACCUUGUUCCAAUGAUUGCUAGUGUAUUUUGUUUUAUAGUGUACACUGUAGUUAGACUCAUGAUCCUGCCAGCUCUUGAGAAGCUCCUUAAAUGUAUUCCAAUUCUGUUUGUGGUU